AUGUGGAUUAAAGAAGAUGAGCUUUGUGAAAUUCAAGCUGAUUCUGUGUCCACAAAAUAUUUCCAGGAGAACAGAUACAAAACGUUUUGGAUAGUCAAAGGACACACCGUCACUCCCAGACUGGGCAAACACGCAUCACCGAUUGCCACGAAGCCACGAAGCAGCAAAAUGCCUGAAGCUGAAGUACUGUACUCUGAUGUUAAGUUCACAAGAUCGAAGGGAGACUCCAAUGAGACCACUUCCUCAUUGGCGGACACCACUUACUCUGAAGUGAGGAUCGCAAAAACCAAAACCGAGCCGUCCACAGAGCUGACUGCUCCCCAACAGGUGAUGUCACAUGAAGGGUCAAAGGUCAAAUCAGAGAAAGUUCCCCUGCUGAUUCUCUGUGUUCUCUUGGCAGCUGUGGUCAUCGCUCUUUGUUACGUCUUUACUAAAGGAGAGUUUAAAGCUUUACUGACUGCUUUUGUUUUAAAAACAGCUCAUGACAACAUUCAAACCAAGAGAAGUCUCAAAAAUCUGGAAGAUGAGUAUGAAGCUUUGAAGAAAAAUUUAACAGGUGAUUCAUGCCUGAAAUGUGAUGAAGGCUGGGAGCAACAUUUAGGAAAGUGUUAUUAUUUCUCCAUCACAAAUUCAUCCUGGGAAAAGAGCAGACGCAAGUGCCAAAGACUAGGAGGAGACCUGGUGAAGAUAGACAGCAGCGAGGAGCAGAAAUUCUUAAAGGACAAACUGAAAAACAAAAUGAGGAAUGAUGAAGACAAGUUCUGGAUCGGACUGACAGACUCAAAGGAAGAGAACAAAUGGAUUUGGGUGGACGGUUCACUGUUGAACGAAAGUUUGUCUUUCUGGUCCAAAACUGAGCCGGACAAUUGGAAUGGGACCAAUCCUGAAGGAGAGGACUGUGCAAGGAUGGGAGAGAAAGGAGGAGCUGAAGACCUGAAGUGCUGGUUUGAUAGAUCCUGCAACAUGCCUCACAGAAGUAUUUGUGAGAAACCAGCAAACACUGGAAGUCUUCAGGAUGUCUGUGUCUGAAAUCCAGUUGAGCUCAGUCUUCUCAGACUAAUCACAGUUUUUAUUAGCUGCUUUGGCUCAAUUGUGAAAUAAUAAUCAUGAUUCUCUAAACACAGUGUGCUAUUC